AUAUUAUUUUCUAUACUAGUCACGGUAAAAAAAAACAUUUCUAAAAACUACAGGCCCCAUUGUUUGUCAGAACGUUGUAAGUAGAAAGGGUAAAUCCGUCAUUUCAAACUAUCUCCCAUGCUUUGACAAAUCACAAUUCAACAGUUCACAGAAAAAGCGAAAACUUCUUCUAUCUCUCUCAUCUUUCUGUUUUGUAUAGCUUACUUCAAGCUGUGGUUUAAACAGAACAGAGAAAGCUGUUUCCUUUUUAUAUUGACAGAGAAAAGGAAAGCUGAUAGAGAGAGAGACAGAGAGAGAGAAACAGAGUUCAAGAUCACGAGCCUUCCUUCUUCUUCUUCUUCUUCAUCGAGAGCGAUCAAAGGAACAAAAAGGAUCUCAAGAAACCCACUUGUGUUGUUGGUUAGAUACUUCACGGGUCUCUGAAAACGUCUCUUUCUCACAACCAUAACUUGAUCACCCAAUACUCCUUUUCUCAUCUUAAAGGCUCAAAUUCAUCCACGUCACACCGUUGUUCAUUUCCUCUGAUGUCUUGGUGUCGUUAGAUAUUGUCUCCCAAAAAAGAAAUCUUCUUGACACAGAGAUUGAAGUCGCAAAGAGACAGAGGAAAGAGGGGGAGAAAAUGGAUCGACCAGCAGUGAGUGGUCCAAUGGAUUUGCCGAUUAUGCACGAUAGUGAUAGGUAUGAACUCGUCAAGGAUAUUGGCUCCGGUAAUUUUGGAGUUGCGAGAUUGAUGAGAGACAAGCAAAGUAAUGAGCUUGUUGCUGUUAAAUAUAUCGAGAGAGGUGAGAAGAUAGAUGAAAAUGUAAAAAGGGAGAUAAUCAACCACAGGUCCUUAAGACAUCCCAAUAUCGUUAGAUUCAAAGAGGUUAUAUUAACACCAACCCAUUUAGCCAUUGUUAUGGAAUAUGCAUCUGGAGGAGAACUUUUCGAGCGAAUCUGCAAUGCAGGCCGCUUCAGCGAAGACGAGGCGAGGUUUUUCUUCCAGCAACUCAUUUCAGGAGUUAGUUACUGUCAUGCUAUGCAAGUAUGUCACCGAGACUUAAAGCUCGAGAAUACGUUAUUAGAUGGUAGCCCGGCCCCUCGUCUAAAGAUAUGUGAUUUCGGAUAUUCUAAGUCAUCAGUGUUACAUUCGCAACCAAAAUCAACUGUUGGAACUCCUGCUUACAUCGCUCCUGAGGUUUUACUAAAGAAAGAAUAUGAUGGAAAGGUUGCAGAUGUUUGGUCUUGUGGGGUUACUCUGUAUGUCAUGCUGGUUGGAGCAUAUCCUUUCGAAGAUCCCGAGGAACCAAAGAAUUUCAGGAAAACUAUACAUAGAAUCCUGAAUGUUCAGUAUGCUAUUCCGGAUUAUGUUCACAUAUCUCCUGAAUGUCGCCAUUUGAUCUCCAGAAUAUUUGUUGCUGACCCUGCAAAGAGGAUAUCAAUUCCUGAAAUAAGGAACCAUGAAUGGUUUCUAAAGAAUCUACCGGCAGAUCUAAUGAACGAUAACACGAUGACCACUCAGUUUGAUGAAUCGGAUCAACCGGGCCAAAGCAUAGAAGAAAUUAUGCAGAUCAUUGCAGAAGCAACUGUUCCUCCUGCAGGCACUCAGAAUCUGAACCAUUACCUCACAGGAAGCUUGGACAUAGAUGACGAUAUGGAGGAAGACUUAGAGAGCGACCUUGAUGAUCUUGACAUCGACAGUAGCGGAGAGAUUGUGUACGCAAUGUGAUACUAUAUAUCUAUUUGCAUGGUUUCUGCUACAAAAAUGUCAAACAAAAAAUGUUGAAGAAUAAGAUUAAGAUGUUUUGCUUGCUAUUGAGUUGGCCCAACUUUGUCUCAAUGAGUACACUUUGAAUCUUUGAUAUGCAAAAGACUAAAUUUCUAAACAAAAGUGAAA